GUUUAGUAAAGCCAUACUGCCACAGGAAAAUUUCGAUUUGUGCAAAGUUGCAUAUCAUACCCAAUUCUUUCACUUUUAUACAUCAAUAAUGUCGAAUGCACCGGAAGUCGUGCAAAGACUAAUAAAAAUGAUCAUGCGAGCUUUCUAUGAGACCCGGCAUAUCAUUUUUAUGGAUGCAAUUUUGAGACACUCAGCCCUGACUGAUGAGCAAAGUGCUAUUUUAAUGGGAAUUCCUAUCAAGGAAUGUCGCUUUCUUGCAGGAAAAUUGAGAGAAGAUCGUUUAUUAGCAAUUCAGAGUAGGGCAGAGGUCAAAGAGGGACAGCAAAGACAAAUCCAGACUACGUACUUUUAUAUCGAUUAUUGCUUCACGAUUGAUAGCAUAAAAUGGCGAAUGCACCAGUUGGUUAAGACAGUCGAAGACAGGAUGCGUAGUGAUUUUGAUUCAAAAGGUUAUGUCUGUCCGUUUUGCCAGAAGAAGUAUUCGAGUUUAGACGUGCUGUCGUUAGUGACUCCCGAGGGUACCUUCUUAUGUAGCGAUUGUGCGACAGAAUUAAAAGAUGAUGAAGAAAGUGCGGAAAUGAUGUCUAGUCAAAAACGAUUAGGCCGUUUAAUGGGUCAGGUCAGCAGGAUUAUUGAGGCUCUAAAGCAGGUUGAUGAGAUUGUCGUGCCUCAGAACAAUUUCCAGUCUGCUUUAGAAAGAGCUGUUCCCAUAUCAAUGGAGAAUCAAAAUAUUACUUCACAAACCUUGCCGAAAUCAAGCACUGAUAUUCGUCAUGCCACUUCUUCACCCUCAAUUACUGUCGACUUUUCUGCAGAUGCAGAGUCUGCCGAGGAUGCUCGCGUUAAAAACUUAGACAAACAAGCUGCGGCUUUACAAAACACUGUUCCUGAAUGGCAUGCAAUGUCUACCAUUUCUGGCGGAAUUACCCGAGUAGGAGCGAAGAACGCUAACAAUAAUAUUUCUUCGGAUACAGUGGACGAGGAAGAAGAUAAGAAGAAAGAUUUUAGUACUGAAAAGUCUGCGCUGGAUGCUUACUAUGCGAGUUUACGUGCUAAGAAACAGAGCUCAGACAUACAACAGGAACCUAGCAUUAAUAUCGUGGAUGAUGAAGAUGAGGACGAAGAAGAUUUCGAGGAUGUUCCUAGUCUGCCAUCUACUACUCCAGUUAGUCACAUAAAAAGAAAACAGGAAGAUCCAAAUUAUAACGACUCUGAUAAUGCUAAAAAAACAAAAACGGAAGAUACCAUUGCUAAUGCUAAUUCCCUACACACAGAAAACUCUGAAAAGCUCAACAUAAGCGAUGAUGAUAAUAAAGUACAAAAUGUCAUUAUUAAUGAUAUCAACGAAAAUGUUGAAGAUGAUGAAGACGAUGCAGAUUUUGAAGAUGUUUAAUUGUUCCUCCUUAUUCCCCAAAAAAUAUUCAUGUUAUUCAUUUAAAAACACUGGCAUUUAAUAGUUUUUGGCUACAGCACUCAUCAGUGUCCGGAUUCUACUAACAAUAACUGCAGCUUCCAGUGAUGAUAAAACCUCAAAAUCAUAUCUAAAUGUGUUAGUAUUUAUAGAGCAGAAAACUUAGAUAUGUACCUUUUCGUCUCUCUGUUUCUCGAAAUUAUUAGUUUGAAGUUACAAGGUGACUUUUUGGAUUGUUUGCAAAUAACUAUUGAUCCGACAUGAAUGCUAGUAGUCUUCGGCGUUUCAAAAAUAUUCCUAGAUUCCGAAGGCAUUAUGUGUAUAUAUUCGCCGUCAAUAGCGAGUAAUCGUUCAUGUCUUCCCAUAAACGAGACAGGUUGACGUUUCCAAACUAUAAACUCUUGAUAAGUGUUACUAGACAUAAUGUCUGCGGCAUUAUAUGCCGGCGGGAAAUAAUCCUUUUUUGUAGAAUUAUAGGUAGAAUCUUCCGGAGAAGGAGUACUCACUGGAAGGCUGGGUCCUUUCUUAUCUCUCAUUUUCUUUUUCACUAACUCGAGAGUUGGAAAGCCAUCGAUAGAUUGAAAGGUUUUAUCUAAAGGGAGAGUAACAUCUGAGUCCGCAAUUCGUAAAGUAUAUUUGAGACGUUCCAACUGCUUCAUCCAGCAAACUUGGUUUAAAACCAUAGCAAAGCGUGUAUUUUUUGAUACUUCAACGUUACAAAAGCGAGAACUUUCUCCAUAAGGAUACAAUCGGAUCUUGACAAUAUGCAUUGAGUUAAAUAUAUCUUUAUCACUUUCACCAA